CCCUUAAAGAAACGUUGAAGAAGCCUCUGUGUGUGCAAACGCUCUGCCCCUACGCUUCUCUCUCUUUCUUUCUCCAUUUCUCUGAAUGAAUUACAGAUGAAGCACAAUCACCGGGGAACUUUUUAAUGGCCACCCACCUCUUCUAAAGACCUUCUUUUUCUCUUUCUCUUUAUCUUCCUUCAAGUUUUCAACUUUCUGGUUUUUUCCUUUUCUUUUGUUUGAUCUAAUUGAGCUUGGAAUACACAAACCAUUGUCAAAGUUACAUUGUAUAUUCAUCUUCUGUGGUUUAGUUGCUCGUGCUUCUCAGAUCUACCAGCAUUCUCAGCUAUUAUACCUUUCUGCUUGUGUUUGUUUGAGGAUUUGGAAGGAAAAAGAAUGAGUAAAGAGGAGUUUAUGAAGAUUCAGACUUGUGUUCUGAAAGUGAACAUACACUGCGAUGGAUGCAAGAACAAGGUGAAGAAAAUCAUGCAGAAAAUUGAUGGUGUGUUCAAAACCACCAUAGAUGCAGAGCAAGGGAAGGUGACCGUUUUAGGAAAUGUAGACCAUAACGUUCUGAUAAAGAAGCUCCAAAAAGCAGGUAAACAUGCAGAACUAUGGGGUGCACAAAAGCCAAACAACAUCAACCAAAACCAACUAACGAACCAGUUCAAAAACAUGCAACUUGACAAUGGCAAAGGCGGCAACAACAAAGGCCAAAAGGGUGGUAAUAAUAAUCCGCCCAAAGGUGGUGGUGGUGGUGGUGGUGGUGGCGGAGGAGGCCAACCAAACCAGCAGCAAGCGCAGCAAAUGAAAGGCAUUCAAGAUCUGAAGCUCCAUCCUUUCAAGGACAUGAAGAUGCCUAUGGACCAGAACCAGAAGGGUGUUAAGUUUAUUCUUCCUGAGGAUGAAGAUUUGAGUGAUUAUGACGAUGAUGAGUUUGAUGAGGAUGAAUUUGAUGAUGAGUACGAUGAUGAGUUUGACGAACCACUUCCUGCUAUGAAGAUGCCUGUUAUGGGUAAUGGCCUGCAGGGUAUACCUAAUAACAUCCUGGAGAUGAUGAGUCGGAAUAAUCCUCAGCUCAUGAAUGCUCAAAAGCUUCCGCAAAAUGGUGCUGCUCAAAAUGGUAAAAAAGGAGGCGGUCCUGUUCAAGUAAAUAUUGGUAAUGGUGAGAGUAAAAAUGGAAAUGGAAGUAAGAAAGGUGGUGCUGGCGGCGGCGGUGGGAACAACGGAGGAAACAAUCAAAACCCAGGUGGCAAACAUGGAAAAAACGGUGGUGGGUUCCCUCAAAAUGGUCAUAAUGGUGGCGGAGCUAACGGUAAGAACGGUAAUAAUGGUGGUGGUGGUAAUAGUAACAAUAUGAACGGUAAUGGGGGCAAAAAGGGAAAUGGUGGCGGCGGUGGUGGUGGAGGAGGAGGAGGAAUGGGUGGUAUGAGUGAUGGGUUCCGGAACAUGGGUGGUGCUGUUCCUCCAGUUAUGAUGGCUAACGCUAAGAUGGGCCAAAUGGGUAACAUGCCGAUGGGCCAAAUGGGUAAUAUGCCAAUGGGCCAAAUGGGCAACCCCCCAGCUGUUCAAGGCCUUCCGGCACCUACCAUGGGCGGCGGCGCUAGUGCAGGAGGAAGUGGUGGAUACUUCCAAGGAGCCGGGCCUGAUCUCAUGCCGGGUAACCCAUAUCACCAGCAACCACAGUACAUUCCUGCUUUAAUGAAUCAACAACAACGUGCGAUGGGUAAUGAAAGGUUCCAGCCCAUGAUGUAUGCAAGGCCACCACCUGCAGUGAAUUUCGUCCCGCAACAGCCUUAUCCCCCGCAACAGCCUUAUCCCCCCCAACAGCCCUAUUCCCCAUACCCGUAUCCAUACCCGUCUCAUGAUCCAUCUUACACUCACUUUUUCAGUGAUGAAAACACCUCAAGUUGCACUGUCAUGUGAAGAAAAAUAUAUUUAUCGGUCAAGUUUUCUCUAUAAGUUUGUGGGUGGUUUUGGUUCUGGAGCCAUGGUCAAAGUGCCAUAUUAUAGAUGGAAAUGGGUUUUCAUUUUAGCUAUAAUUUUCUCCUUUUUUUAUACAUGGAAAUCGGUUCUCAUUUUAGCUAUAAUUUUCUCUUUUUUUUUUUUUAAUCCCAAGUUGAAUUAGGGGUUCUAAAUUAUGUAAAGGGAGUAUUUUAUUAUAUAAGAUAAAUAUUAUUAAGUCUAAUUAUAAGGGAGAGUGAGAAGCUCCUUUUAAUGUUUAUAUGUGUUUACAUAAUGUUGCCAAACGAAAAAUAAUAUGAAAGCAUUGAGAAAGGGGGAAACAAGAUCCCCUCUCUCCUGCCCAUUUCUCUCCCAAA